CUAAGUAAACUAUGAAAACGUAGCUCAACUAACAAAUAUAAAAUCCGGAAAAAGGACAAAUAAAAUUCCAAUAGUUAAUAUUACUGCAGUCAUCAAAACAGCAAUGGUACUUAAAUGUAUGUACCUAAAAGCAUGCACAUAAUUAUAAUUAUACACAUACAUUUACACACGCACAUAUUGGCCACUUAAAAUGGAAUUAUAAGAAACCCCCCCUUUUUAAACUCAAAGAAUAUAUUGACUUACAUAUCUGAGUUUAUUCAUCAGCUCAUUUCAGAGUUUGGGUAUCUGAACAGAAACCCUUGAUAUGAUACUAGAUUUUGUGUGGAAAUUAAAAACACAGCAUUCAAGCUACGUCAUAUUAUAACAAUAAUUAAAACCAAAGACAUCAUCAGUUCUCAUCACAGUAUUAAUGUUCUAUCAAUAUAGCCAAUAUCUCCUUAAUCAAUAAAACAUAUUAGCCUGAAAAAUGACUCCUGAAAGGCCUUUUUAAAAACACUACCUUGUUUAAUGACUUUUCCACAUUUUAUUACCUCUCACUUUGCUAUGUGGUUAUGUAAAUGCUGGAUUAUUUCUGUCUGCCAAUAUUUGCAUCAUUUGUUUUGUCGUUCUUGUUCAGCUUUGAAUGUAGGGCUUGCAUACUUCAGCACUGGUCUAUCAACCUUUUAAGAGCAAGCAUGAGCAGCCUGGCUCAAGACCAGCGUCUCCAUCCUAGUUGCCGUGACAAAACAACAGUCUCCAGUGAUUCAUCAGACACUUGUGAGCUUGCCAAGCAGCCUUUCCAAGGUCUAAAAUUGGCAUCACAUGCGGUGCUGGAGAAGGUAAAGGAGAGGGGCAGGUUGAAAUGCUCUAAAUGUGGAGGAUCAAGGAUGUUCUUCUGCUACACAUGCUGCUCAUUACUGGGUGUCAGCCAGCAAGAAAUCCCUUUAAUCAAGCUCCCUGUGAAGAUAGACAUCAUCAAGCAUCCCAAAGAGACAGACGGCAAGAGCACCGCAAUCCAUGCAAAGAUCCUCGCACCCAGCGACGUCACGAUAUACACCUACCCCUGCAUACCUGACUAUGAAAAGGACAAGGUGGUGUUGGUGUUUCCUGGUCCAGGGUCAGUCUCAGUUCAUGACAUGAUACAAUGCUUGCAUGACAUGACAGACAGCGGGUCACAUGACUCCUCUGAUGAACCCUGCGUAAAGAGGCUGAAAAGUGAGGAAGAUCAAGGCGCCACACACAUGGCAGAGAGCCCGGAGUCAGGGACCCCAGACGAAGCAAAGGGCUCGGAGUCAAGGGUGUUUCCCCUUCAGAGGGUGGUCUUCAUUGACAGCACAUGGAACCAGACCAACAAGAUCAGCACAGACGAGCGACUGCAAGAUUUGCUCCGGGUAGAGCUGAAGACUAGGAAAACGUGUUUCUGGCGCAGUCAGAAGGGCAAACCAGACACCUACCUCUCUACAAUAGAGGCUAUUUAUUAUUUCCUUAAGGACUUCCAUGAGCUCUGCCUCACUCAGGAGUACAACGGAGAAUAUGAUAACCUGCUCUUCUUCUACUCUUACCUGCACUCAGUCAUCAACAAAGCUAAGACAGAUGCUAGAAAAUGCUGAGAUCAGCUUCAAGAGACUGUUAUGAACUGUAUAUUCACAGGCAAGCCCUCGUAUGUCCAGUUUUAUUUUAUGUCUGAGUGAUUUUUAUUUUGUAAGGGACAUCUAUUUGUAUGAGAACAUGCAAUAAAAGAUGAGGGUUUACAGUUGCCAAACAUGAA